AUGAUCUGGAUAAAAUACGGAAGAGCUCAUCUAGCAUUCACAGUACAAAUUCCACCGACAGAAAAUGGAAUUUUCAAACCUAAGUCAAUAAUAGAAUGCCCAUACGUACUAAGACAGCCAUAUACAGUAGCGGAACAUGUGAGGCACCUAAACAUAGACAUAUCCGACUGUAGUAAUGCUAACAUAGAUGUUAUAAUACUAGGUAAUAUAAGGAGAGGAUGCUGGAUAUAUACACAAUUCAACAUAGUACCUUUAAGAAACUCGCCAUACGUAUUAGUAAAGGUCACCAAUUCAAAAUAUCAAUGUGACAUCUACGAAGCCACCGAUGGUGCCAUGGUCACGCAUGUAGAGUUAUUCGAUCACGCGGAACAUGGUUGGCAGUAUGUAGUGAUUAACAUUGGAAGGCGAACUAGUGAGAAUAUAAGACGGAUGUCUAUGUCUAAAGAAAUGAAAGUUUAUAAACGUAUCGACGGUGAUGACAAUAUAGUAUACUUUGACCUUAGCAACUUUUGGGUAGAUCCAUACAUAGAAAUGCUAUAUAAUAUAGAUACAGGAGAACCACAAUCUGAUGAACAACAGGUUAGCAGCACUCAGACAGGUGAAUAA